GAUUUAUUUUGAAUUGUGAAAUGUCAAUGUCACGGAAAAGAAGGAACUGGAAGAAACUUGAUCUAUCACGAUGUCAAAAAUAUUUACCCCUACUAAUCAAAUACGCCUAACUAACGUCGCCAUUGUUAGAUUAAAAAAAGGUGGUAAAAGAUUUGAAAUUGCCUGUUAUAGGAAUAAAGUGCUAUCUUGGAGAAACAAAUUAGAAAAAGACAUAGAUGAAGUGCUUCAAACACAUACUGUCUUUACAAAUGUUUCUAAAGGACAAGUGGCUAAAAAGGAAGAUUUAGUUAAAAUAUUCGGCACAGAUAAUCAAACAGAAAUGUGUAAGGAAAUUCUUGAAAAGGGGGAACUUCAGGUGUCUGACAAAGAAAGGCACUCCCAAAUAGAUUCUCUUUUCAAAGAUAUUGCUACAACUGUUGCAGACAAAUGUGUUAAUCCAGAAACAAAAAGGCCAUAUCCAGUGUCCAUUAUAGAGAAAGCAAUGAAAGAUACUCAUUUUUCUGUUAAUGUUAAUAGAAGUGCAAAGCAACAAGCACUUGAUGUUAUACAGAUGAUUAAAAAAGAAAUUCCCCUUGAGAGAGCACAAAUGAGGGUAAGGAUUACCCUCGGUGGAAAAGAUGCAAAGAAAGUAAUAGAAAAGGCUGUAAAGCUUGCUACUAGUGUUGAAGAAGAGAAUUGGGAAUCUGGUACAGCAAAUAUUAUUUGUCUUAUUGAUCCUGGCAGCUUUAGAAGUUUAGAUGAUAUGAUACGCUCUGAUACAAAAGGCCAUGGACAAUUUGAGUUACUUAACUUAAAAGAAAUGGUUGAAGGUGAACAAACCUUGUGAAAUAAGUGAACACUCAUUUUGUCUUAUUUUUUGAUUGCUUAGUAUGCAAUAUGUUUAC